AUGGCGGCCCACUUCUCAGGAAGCGAGGUCAAGUGUGUCAGCGUCGAGUGGGAUUUCCUGCAGGGACUGCUGGUCAAAGCCCCGCCUGUGCCCUGCCUGCAGGCCUUGAGGAAGGAGAAGUCCCGGAAUGCGGCCCGCUCCCGCCGGGGCAAAGAGAACUUCGAAUUUUAUGAGUUGGCGAAGACGCUGCCCCUGCCCAGCGCCAUCACCAGCCAGUUGGACAAGGCGUCCAUUGUGCGGCUCAGCAUCACCUACCUCCGCCUGCGGGAUUUCGCCGCCCUCGGGGACCCUCCCUGGAGUCCACCCAGAGCCGACCCGCCACCAGCGCCAGUCUCUGGUGCCCCUGGACGGAGAGAGGCCUCUGCCCUAUUCGCUGACCUCUUUGAACAGCAUUUGGGAGGCCACAUUCUUCAGUCGCUGGACGGGUUCGUGUUCGCCUUGAACCAGGAGGGCAAGUUUCUCUACAUCUCAGAGACAGUUUCCAUCUAUCUGGGCCUCUCUCAGGUGGAGCUGACUGGUAGCAGCGUGUUUGACUAUGUGCAUCCAGGGGACCACUCUGAGGUGCUGGAGCAGCUUGGACUGAGAGCUCCACCCCCUGGGCCUGGGGCACCACCUUCCGGCCCCUCUUCCUCCUCUUCUUCAUCUUCUUCAUCCUCAGCUUCCUCAAUCUCUGAAGCCCCAGAGUCCGAUGAGGAAACUGAGGCCCAGACAGAAAAAGAGACUGGGUCAAGGUCACCCAGCAGAGCCAGGAUGGGAGCCUGGCUCCUCUGCCUUCACACCCAGCACUGUUUCCACUCCAAACCAUUGCCCUUCCCUCUUGUAAAGCAUCCUGGCUCAGAGCUGGCGCCGCCUGUGAUUGCUCCUCGAAAUCAGCCUGGCUCCCUUGAACGUUCCUUCUUCAUCCGAAUGAAAUCCACACUCACCAAGCGGGGGUUGCAUGUCAAGGCUUCGGGAUACAAGGUAAUUCACGUGACGGGUCGGCUUAGGACUCAGCUGUUGACAGCCCGGCGGGGCCAAGCAUUGGGUCUUGUCGCUCUAGGCCAUACCUUGCCCCCAGCUCCACUCAGUGAACUCCCCCUGCAUGGACACACACUUGUCUUUCGCCUCAGCUUGGCCUUGACCAUCAUCUCUUGUGAGAGCAGGAUUAGUGACUACAUGGAUGUGGGCCCCUCAGAACUGAUUGGACGAAGCUGCUACCAGUAUAUCCAUGGAGAGGAUGUGGCUGGAAUCCGCCAGAGCCACCUGGACUUGCUGGACAAAGGGCAGGUGGUGACAGGCUAUUAUCGAUGGCUGCAGAGGGCUGGAGGCUUCAUCUGGCUCCAGUCCGUGGCCACAGUGGCCAUCAGUGGCAAGAGCCCAGGCGAGCGCCAUGUGGUCUGGGUCAGCUACAUACUCAGUCAAGUGGAAAGCAGCCAUGUGGUCUUGGAUGCUUUCCAGCUUCCCAGCGCUGUCCCCCAAGAGGACCUGUCAGAUCCAGAACCUGACAUCAAAGAGUCCAAGGCCCAGGUGGAGAGUGAGCAAGGAGCCUCCCAGACUGAGCCUGGGGCCCGUCAUGCCCGGGGCAAACGCAUCAAACUGGAGCCAGCCAGAGGAAGCAGCAGCCAAGGAGAGACUACCGGUGGGGAAGGUGGUGAGGACAGUGAUGAUGGGGAGUCCAGACACCCCGUUCCCCGGCCUGAAUUCACCUCUGUCAUCCGGGCAGGGAGCUUGAAGCGGGAGACCAUGAGGCCUUGGAGCUAUGCGGCCUCCUACGCAGCCGGGGAGCCCUUCCACAGGCCCCCUUCACCUCCCGAUUCCCCAUCCCCACCCACUCUGGUCCACGCUGGUUACCUAGCUCCCACUAGGGGCCUGUAUACCAGCACCAUCCGAUAUGGUCCAGCUGAGCUGGGCCUGGCACUUCCCACCCCAGGGCUGGUUUAUCAGCACCUCCAGAGGCUCACCGGCCCAGGGCCAACCUUUCCUGAUGCCCUCUACCCCAGUGUACCCUUCCUGGGACCAGACAGGAAAGGAGACUGA